UAAAUUAAAGAAAAUAAAAAAAGAAGCCCAUCUCAAUAAACGUCCUCUCUCAAUACAUAUUUGAUUAUACAAUCACCACGACCUCUCAUACUUGCCUUCAUUUCGUCAGCCAUAGAAUCAUCUAUCUUGUCUCUCUCCGUCUUUAGCCUCCUUACAAGCACAAUUCUUGUAUAAAUAGGUGUGCCUUGAGCUUGAGCAAGUAAAGAACUCAAGCUGGAAAAAGAAAAAAAAUACAUGUCUUGAAAGGAGGACUACUGCGGUUGGUAGCUAGCUUUGAGUUCUUGAAGCAAAAGAAGCAGAGAGGAAAAAUGGAGGUUGGAGAACAGAAGAAGAACAGAAGUUCAUAUGAGCUGUACUGCUUUACCAAAUGCUUUCAAAAUCCAUCAACCCGAGAAAAGGAACCAGAAGAGAAGAGUGGUGCCUUCCUAAGUGAUGAUUCAAAGAUAAUCAUAGCUCAGCAAAAGCAGCCUGGAGGAUGGAGAGCCAUGCCUUAUAUCUUAGGAAAUGAGACGUUUGAGAGGCUGGCUACUUUUGGAUUGUUGGCAAACUUUAUGGUGUAUCUGAUGAAAGAGUUUCACAUGGAGCAGGUGACUGCAGCAAACAUUAUCAACAUAUGGUCUGGUUUAACCAAUUUUGCUCCUCUUCUUGGGGCUUUCAUCUCCGAUGCUUAUGUUGGCAGGUUCAGGACUAUUGCUUUUGCUUCCUGUGCCGCCUUUUUGGGAAUGGUGACUGUGACCUUAACAGCAUGGUUACCUAAUCUCCACCCUCAAAAGUGCCACCAGCAAAGCCAGCAACAGUAUGCUGAUAAUUGUGAAAGUGCCACACCACUUCAAUUGGCUGUUCUACUUAUGGGCUUAGGCUUCUUAUCCAUAGGCACAGGUGGAAUUAGGCCAUGCAGUAUCCCUUUUGGUGUUGAUCAAUUUGACCCAACAACAGAAGAAGGCAUGAAAGGGAUUAACAGCUUUUAUAAUUGGUACUACACCACAUUUACACUUGUGAUUUUGAUCACUUUGACCGUCGUGGUGUAUAUUCAAGAUUCUAUCAGCUGGGUUAUUGGCUUUUCAAUACCUACUGUCCUUAUGCUUUGUUCUAUUCUUCUCUUCUUUAUUGGGACAAAAAUCUAUAUCCAUGUAAAGCCAGAAGGAAGUAUUUUUUCUGGCCUUGCACAAGUUUUUGUUGCUGCUUACAAGAAGAGAAGGCUUAAGCUUCCUGAUCAUGGAGAGGUUGUUGAUGGGAUCUUUUACGAUCCUACAGUGAAGGAGGCUGUGCUAUCAAAGCUACCUCUCACCAACCAGUUCAGGUUCUUAAACAAGGCAGCUAUGAUAGAGAAAAAUGACCUAAACCCUGAUGGUUCUUGUGCAAAUGAAUGGAGGUUAUGCAGUAUUCAACAGAUAGAAGAGGUGAAAUGUCUGUUCAAAAUCGGACCAAUAUGGGCAUCAGGAAUUGUUAGCUUCACUGCCAUAUUACAGCAAGGAACAUUUACAGUAUCACAGGCAAUGAAAAUGGACAGGCAUCUAGGACACAAGUUUCAAAUCCCGGCUGGUUCAAUUAGCGUUUUCUCAAUGAUAACAAUAGCAAUAUGGCUUCCAUUCUAUGACAGGAUAGCAGUACCUGCGCUCCGAAAAAUAACUAAACACGAAGGUGGAAUCACACUUCUCCAAAGAAUAGGAAUUGGGAUUGUAUUCUCCGUUCUAUCAAUGAUAGUAGCUGGUCUGGUUGAGAGGGACAGAAGGGCUGCAGCCAUUUCAAACCCUGGUACACCAAUGUCAGUCAUGUGGCUAGUCCCUCAACUUGUGAUAAUGGGACUAUGUGAAGCAUUCAAUAUCAUUGGACAUAUUGAAUUUUACAACAAGGAGUUCCCUGGCCACAUGAGAAGUAUGGCCAACUCUCUUUUCUUUUGCUCCUUUGCUGGUGCGAGCUACCUUAGCACCUUGGUGAUUUCUAUUGUCCAUAAAGUAACUCGAACUCGAGACCAUCCCGACUGGCUGACCAAGGAUCUAAAUGCUGGGAAAUUGGAUCGUUACUACUUCGUUUUAGCAGGAAUGGGGAUCCUAACCUUUUUCUAUUUUCUCUACUGUGCAAGGCUGUACCAAUACAAAACCCCCGUACAAAUAGAUAAUAACUCCUACCGUGAUGUGGAGCUAAGUUUGGGUGAAAAAAUCCCAAGCUCAUAACUCCAGACUUCAUUUAGCAACAUUUAUAUAGCAUGUAAAGCAGUAUAAAUACAAAAAAGCUUUCUAGUUUUGAGCUA